CUUAUUCCAUAAAUACAUCACACUCAACUGGUCCAAUUGAUACUUUAUCUUUUUCCUUACGAUCUCCAUAUAGCUUCCAACCUAAUUGGUCAGGAGCACCAGCUCAUCCUACAAUGGCUGAUACUGUCAGGAUGAGUGGAUGCCAAGGAAAGGAUUCCAGCACACCUAUAGUGGCAACUGCUCCAGCUGAUUCCAUAAAUACAUCACGUUCAACUGGUCCAGUUGGUAACUUUUCUUUUUUGUCACAACCGCCAUUCUGGUUCCAACAAAGUUGGUCAAGAGCACCAGGUCGUCCUACAAUGGCUGAUAUUGUCAGGAUGGGUAGAUGCCAACAAAAGGCUUCCAGCACAACUAUUGUGGCAACUGCUGGAUGUCAAUCCAAAUCAUGUGAUGUAGUUGGGUUGAACGUAUCGCACAGCAAUUCCAUGCUCAACCAAAACACAGUCCUGCCUGUAGAACUGAAUUGGCAAUCACAUUCUUCUCAUGAUCAUGUUUCAAAUGUUAUAGAGAUCAAUCGUAACCCUGGAGGUUCUGGUAUUCAUCCAACUUCUCAUGAGGAAUUGUCCUUAGCCGAUCAACCAUCUGUCAGUAGUGACCAAAUUGUCUCAGAAAUAUUUGAUGCUUCUGCAAACUAUGGUGAUGAACCUGCACCAUCUAGUUUGCAUGCUGAUGGGGUUGAUUUAUCUUUCUUGGAUGAUCAUCAAGUAUCAGAUGGAAUCAUCAGAUGCCAAAAUCUGCUAACCAAGGCAAUUAAAUCUGCUUCUGUGUCUGACAGACAAGUGGACAAUUCUGGAUAUGGUUUUCCACAUGUGUAUGGGCACCAUGAAGGAGCACCAACUCGUCCUACAAUGGCUGAUACUGUCAGGAUGGUUGGGCACCAAGGAAAGGCUUCCAGCACACAUAUUGUGCAAACUGCUUCAAUUGAUUCCAUGAAUACAUCGCAGGCAACUGGUCCAGUUGAUAACUUUUCUUUUUCCUCACGACCGCCAUUCAGCUUCCAACAUAAUUGGUCAGGAGCACCAGCUCGUCCUACAAUGGCUGAUAUUGUCAGGAUGGGUAGAUGCAAACGAGAGGCUUCCAGCACAACUAUUGUGGCAACUGAUGGAUUUCAAUCCAAAUCAUGUGAUGCAGAUCGAUCGUGA